AUGCAUCACUCCAUACAACACUCUGGCUCAUGUCCAGACUGGCUAUGGAGCGAAAACACUUUGGGAUACCAAAACAUCUUAUCAAAAAUUGAUUCCAAAGAAGAGGACCAUGUCACAUCAAAUGAAACAUCAAAACCCAUUCCCGAAGACAAGGACAAACUACAAGAAAAGGAAAAUGAAAAAAAUACUCAACCAUCCACCUCUUUGGAAACCCAAUUAGAUGAAUUGGAUAUAACCAGUGAAAGUUUCAAUCCUUUACGUUGCCUAUAUGCCCAAGAUUUUCGGGUAACGGAGAAGCAACCCAAAGUUAUCUACCAAAAUAUGGCAGCAUUUGAAACAGCGCUAAAAAAAGUUGGCAUUUGGGAUGUGGGUAAAAGACCCAAAAGUCAUAAACAAUCGGAAAGUGCUGCUACCAGCAAGGAUUCAACAAAAAUCCUCGUUGAAGAGGAGAAAAAUCAACGACGUUUCCAGGAACAUCAAAUGGCCAUACGAACCAAAGCAAAAAUUAAAAGUAAACAUACCCGGAAUAUUCUAACACAAAUGCAUAAUGCUGUGGGUCCCCUUAAGGCCUUGAAUAGCUAUAUUAGCUCCGGUGAACGGGUUCAUGUAAUGGUACGUAAAGAAAAAGGUAUAAAGGGUUAUGUUGAGGGAGUCCUCAAGUUGUAUGAUCGCCAUUGGAAUUUGUUGUUAACUGAAGUGGAAGAAUGUUAUGUUCAGCGUAAACAUAAAUUUUGCGAAGAUAAUAUUGUUAUGCCUAAGGAAAGGGGUCAUGAGGGAGAUGAGGAAGAGUGUUCCCGAAGACUUCGGGAAUUGGGAAUAAAAUUACCCAAACAGAUAAUUAAAAGUCUUAAUCGUAAAACAGUGGAAAUAAAACGGUAUCUACCUCAGCUACUACUUCGUGGCGAACAUGUGGUAUUGGUGCAUUCAGUUAAAGAGAUAGAAGGGAAGAUAUUGUAG